CUGUUUCAGCCCGGAUAGAUUUCCAACCGGACCUACAAGGAGUCGGGAGUGCCGAUCGGAUUGGCAACACGCUGCGAAACCAACCGUCAGCUGCGUGGAAACUAACCUCGUGAAGCAGAUAUGCCCAAGAAGAAAACCGGUGCCCGGAAAAAGGCCGAGAGUCGUAAAGAGCGAGAGAAGCAGACCAGAGCCAAUCGAGAUGUCAUCGAUGUGGCCAAACACCCCUGCAACUUCAACAUGGACUGCGACAAAUGCCAGAGAAAACAGAAGAACAGAGCUUUCUGCUAUUUCUGUAAUUCAGUGCAGAAGCUGCCUACCUGUGCGCAGUGCGGCAAAACCAAGUGCAUGAAGUCAUCAGAUUGUGUCAUCAAACAUCCUGGGGUCCACAGCACUGGAAUGGCCAUGGUGGGAGCAGUAUGUGACUUCUGUGAAGCUUGGGUGUGCCACGGCAGGAAAUGUCUGAGCACUCACUCUUGUGUGUGUCCUCUGACUGAUGCAGACUGCAUAGAGUGUGACCGUGCUGUGUGGGAUCAUGGAGGGCGAAUCUUCCGCUGUUCCUUUUGCGACAACUUCUUGUGUGAGGAUGAUCAGUUUGAGCACCAGGCGAGCUGCCAGGUCCUCCAGUCGGAAACAUACAAAUGUGUGUCUUGUAAUCGACUGGGUCAAUACUCCUGCCUGCGCUGUAAGGCCUGUUACUGUGACGACCACGCCAAGAGUAAGGUCUUCAAGCAGGAAAAAGGCAAAAACCCGCCAUGUCCUAAGUGUGGUCACGAGACCCAGGAGACCAAAGACCUCAGCAUGUCCACUCGCACGCUGAAAUACGGCCGCCAGGUCGGCGUCGAGGACAACGAGGUGGACGACGGAGCCUCAGGCUACGACGCCUACUGGAAGAAUCUGGCAUCGGGGGGCGGCCAUCCGGACAACUGUGCAGAGAAAGACGACUAUGACGAAGACGAUGACGACAAUGACGACGAGGACGACGAUGACGAGGAGGAGGAGGAGGAAGGUGAAGAGGAAAAAGCUGCUGAUUCUGUGGCUGCGCUUAAACUGGACGGGGCUGCCUGAGCCGAGAGCCGUCGGUCAUCACGAGGCUCAGCGGAGGGAGGGACUUACUUUAAGAAUCCAGCUACAGCUGGAUCCGUCAUAGUUCAGAUGCUCAGAGGAAGAUCUGUUUUUCUACAAAACACACUCACGCAGCCGCACAAGACCUAUGAGCAUCAUGUAAAUUGUCUCAUAAAACAAUAAAUACACAUCGUGAAUCAGACCAGACAUUUAAAAGAAUUCUGAAAAAUAUUGAGUUUCUAUAAGCGUCCCUCGAGACAGGUAGUUUAGUCCUUGUUACAUUCAGGGCUGGAUUAAUGCACCUGGACGACCCAGGGCCAUAAUUAGCAUGAGGUAAAUUCCCAUAUAAAAUGUUUCCGUGAAUGACUUUCAACACAUAAACACAAGAAUCUCCUGGAUAACGUAACAAUGCUACACAUUUGUUAUGAUCAUCUGAUGUGAUUAUUUAAACUUUGUUUUGAAGAUAUUCUGUUCAGUUUGGUGCGGUAGACGGCUCUAAAUACUACAAUACCCAUGAGCCUCAGUUGAAUUGUUGCAUCUGUAAACCAAAAAUGUUGCUGUAGCUGCCAAAAUGAUCCUGGACCAAAAAGCUUAAAGUGAUUUUAUUUGUGCUGCAGUUUGGUCACCGUCGUUCUUAUCGGCACAUAACAGGAUUUUAUGGCCAGUGAACAUUUUAUUCUUCCAGAAAUGCACCUUGGGAGGUGAACUUCUCGACUUCCGUUAGUCAUGCUUACAGGCUUGUUUCUACUGGUGAUCUUUUUUAAUGUUAUGGCUUUUGUUUUUACACUUGGGGCAUGAAAUAACCCCGCCCAUUGUGCAUCUCAACGACGUCAUCAUCCAGUUUAAGCCCUUCAUAAUUUGAGUUAAUAUUGUUACUUUAGUAGAGUAUAUCCUCGAAUUGGCAGUGAAUGCGCGAGGUUGGGGAUCCAGCCCGGGUCACGGUCUGAAAUAGAACGUUUUAUUCAAGAUGUCUUUACUGCUUAACAAGUGUUGAUCUGCUGAGCAAUUAUUCUGAAUGUUCUGGUAAUUGGUUUGGGUUUACUCCUCGAUGUAACCCAGAGUUUAUCCAAACAACUUGUCAUGUUGCCCUGGUCUUGUAAUCAGCUGCAUUUGUGGAGACACAUUAGUGUGGAAUAAAGAAUAAAGAAACCAAA